AGGAGAGGACGGCUUCCGGGAUCUGGCGGGGCCUUUGUCCCGACAGAGCUCCACUUCCUGUCCCCGCGGCUCUGUGUCCCCUGCUAGCCGUAGGCCGUGUGACCCGCAGGCACCGGGAGAUCCAGAAGUGAAACGCCAGGCUCUCUGGAGGCCAGGAGAUGGUGUGAUUUGUCCAGAGAAUCUUUCCUAAGAGGAAAUCCCAGAGAAGCAGGAGAAAGAGAAAGAAAUGGCUGGUGCUCAGACUCUGUUGACGUUCAGGGAUGUGGCCAUAGAAUUCUCCCUGGAGGAGUGGAAAUGCCUGGACCUCGCUCAGCAGAAUUUGUACAGGGAUGUGAUGUUGGAGAACUACAGAAACUUGUUCUCCGUUGGUCUCACUGUCUCUAAGCCAGGCCUGAUCACCUGCCUGGAGCAACGAAAAGAGCCCUGGAAUGUGAAGAGACAGGAGGCAGCAGACGGACAUCCAGAGAUGGGAUUUCACCAUGCUACUCAGGCUUGUCUCGAACUCCUGGGCUCAAGCGAUCUGCCUGCCUCAGCCUCCCAAAGUGCUGGGAUUACAGGUGUGAACCACCGUGCCCAGCCAGGCCUCCAUGUUUCUGUGGACAAAUUCACUGCAUUGUGCUCACCUGGGGUGCUGCAAACUGUGAAAUGGUUUUUAGAGUUCAGAUGCAUCUUCUCACUAGCUAUGUCUUCUUGUUUUACCCAAGACCUUCUGCCAGAGCAGGGCAUACAAGAUGCAUUCCCAAAAACAAUACUGAGAGGAUAUGGAAAUUGUGGCCUUGAUAAUUUAUAUUUAAGGAAAGACUGGGAAAGUUUAGAUGAGUGUAAGUUGCAAAAAGAUUAUAAUGGACUUAACCAAUGUUCAUCAACUACCCAUAGCAAAAUCUUUCAAUAUAAUAAAUAUGUUAAAAUCUUUGAUAACUUUUCAAAUUUACAUAGACGUAAUAUAAGUAAUACUGGAGAGAAACCUUUCAAAUGUCAAGAAUGUGGCAAAUCCUUUCAAAUGUUCUCAUUCCUAACUGAACAUCAGAAAAUUCACACUGGAAAAAAAUUCCAAAAAUGUGGAGAAUGUGGCAAAACCUUUAUCCAGUGCUCACACUUUACUGAACAUGAGAACAUUGACACUGGAGAGAAACCUUACAAGUGUCAAGAAUGUAACAACGUCAUUAAAACUUGCUCAGUCCUUACUAAAAAUAGAAUUUACGCCGGAGGGGAACAUUACAGAUGUGAAGAAUUUGGCAAAGUAUUUAACCAGUGCUCCCACCUUACUGAACAUGAGCAUGGUACUGAGGAAAAACCCUGCAAAUAUGAAGAGUGCAGCAGUGUCUUUAUCUCUUGCUCAAGCCUUUCUAAUCAACAGAUGAUUCUUGCUGGAGAGAAGCUCUCCAAAUGUGAAACAUGGUACAAAGGUUUUAACCACGGCCCAAAUCCUUCCAAACACCAGAGAAACGAGAUUGGAGGGAAACCUUUCAAAUGUGAGGAAUGUGACAGCAUCUUCAAGUGGUUCUCAGACCUUACUAAACAUAAGAGAAUUCACACUGGUGAGAAACCAUACAAAUGUGACGAAUGUGGGAAAGCCUAUACACAGUCCUCACACCUCAGUGAACACAGGAGGAUUCACACCGGAGAGAAACCCUACCAGUGUGAAGAAUGUGGGAAGGUCUUCAGGACUUGCUCAAGCCUUUCUAACCAUAAGAGAACUCAUUCUGAAGAAAAACCCUACACGUGUGAAGAAUGUGGCAACAUCUUUAAGCAGUUAUCAGACCUCACUAAGCAUAAGAAAACCCAUACUGGAGAGAAGCCCUACAAAUGUGACGAAUGUGGAAAAAACUUUACCCAGUCCUCCAACCUUAUUGUACAUAAGAGAAUUCAUACUGGAGAGAAACCCUACAAGUGUGAAGAAUGUGGCAGAGUCUUCAUGUGGUUCUCAGACAUUACCAAACAUAAGAAAACCCAUACUGGAGAGAAACCCUACAAAUGUGACGAAUGUGGAAAAAACUUUACCCAGUCCUCAAACCUUAUUGUACAUAAGAGAAUUCAUACUGGAGAGAAACCCUACAAGUGUGAAAAGUGUGGCAAAGCCUUCACCCAGUUCUCACACCUGACUGUACAUGAAAGCAUUCAUACUUGAGAAAAAAAUAAACAAAUAUAAAAAUAGGCAAAGCCAUUAGUAUCUGCUCGCAUCCUACUUUACAUCAGAGUUCAGACUUAAUAAAGUUAUCAUAGAUGUAAUUACUAUUGAAAGACCUUUCAUGAAAUAUAAGUCUCCAGAGCACACGAGAGUAUUUCUUCUGAAAAAAAUAUUACAAUUAUACUAGAUGGAAGACUUGCAUCAGUUGCUUAAACUUUCAGAAAAUUUGUAGAGAAACCCAACAAAUCUCAUAAAUGUGGAAUAACAUUUGUUCAAAAAUGAUAGCUUAGAAAACACUAGAGUUCAUAUUAAAAGAUAUUUUGCAAAUACACUAAAUGGGAAAAAUAAGCAAAAUCCAAUUUAAGUAAACAAUGGAGGAUUUGAAGGAGAAAGGAAUAGAGCACGGACACGUUCAGAAAUGACACUGAAUCCCUGUGUUGAGUCUACAGAGAUAUCUCGACUUAAAAUAGAUCAUUUAUAUUUAAGUUUAAAAGGAGGAUGAGACUGAGUUUUUGUAGAGUUAUAAUUACAUUCAAAAUAUACUUUUUUGCAUUGAAAAAAUGUUAAAUCUUUGAAAAGCGAAUAUUGAUGUCAUUCAAUUCUCAAAUCAGUAGAUGCUGUGUCUUCAUUUCUAGUGCUGAUGUGAAAACACAUGGUCAGUUGUUGCUGCAUCAGAGAUAUGAGAAAUUCUUUUCUCUUAGGUGUGCAUCACUUGUCCGUGAAAGGUGAAAGACACUGAAAUGUAAGAUGCAUGAGUAAAAUCUUGGUAGAGAGGC